CAGGACUUGCUGACUGUUGCCCCACUUGCGCCCGCGGAAUUGCAACCGGCGGAUUAAGGAACAGUCACUUGACGUUUCGUCUCUCGUCACCCGCGCCUAGGAUCCUCUGACCAUCUGGCACAUGUCGCGUCGUCAUUUUCGAAAUCUGGAUGAACAGGAACUUGUCUUUGGAGCAUGUGUUAGGAGUUCUUCACGCGCUGCCGUUUGCAGCGUUGCGUUUUCCAAUUUAUCCCACUCUCGAGGCUUUCUUGGUUUGAUCUGAGAAAAUUUCACUAUCGCCGAAAACGUCUCCGCAAGAGAGUCUCUCUCCCACAAAUAGGGACCAAGCAUGGACUCGAGGACAGCGCCGCCGGAGUAUCACCUCGAGCUUUCGGCAGAUCGCUCAUACGUGAAAGAUGUAGUCAAAGGCAUCCUCCACACCAUCUUCUUCCACCGAUACUUCACCCCGCUCUACCCCGCGACCCACGAUGUCCUCGACAUGACCCUUCCAUACGUCACCGAAGACGACGUCGAAGCGCUCGUCGAGCAGCGCGCCAACGCCGUCCUUCGCCAGCUCGAAGAAGGCGGAAGCGGAAGCUCCGCCUCGACAAGUGGCACGACCUCCCCGAUUAGCACCUACAGCCAACAACCGAUUUCCAGCCUGAGCCGCGGCGGCACCGCCAACAACCGGGUUGAGAUCCGCGUACAAUUCCUCGAGAGGAAACGGAAAAGGGGCUGGUUCGGUGGCGAUGAGAAAUCCAUGUGGGAGUGUUGGGUGCUGGAUCUCCAGGUCAUGACGGCGCGGAGCGAGCCAGAGGCGCAGCGGAAUCGGAGAGUCAUGGAGAGAAGUUUGGCCAAGGCCGCCCUGGCGGUGGUGACGUUGGCCAACUUAGAGCGAGGUCAUAUCCCGCCCAUCACGACUAAUGAUGCGCCCUUUCCAUUCCAGAUCGACGUAGGCCCUGGCGGUGGGAGAUCGGGAGGCGGUCGUGGAUACUGA